UCCUCUAUAUUUGCGGGGCACCCCACCAGCGCAAAUCACUACCUCCCCUCGCUACGGCUCCACUGCCCGGGACUCCACGGCCGCCCCAUUCCGUUCUCGGCGCCACAGCGUGUAGCAUUACUCGUAACACAGAGGCAAGUCGUGCCCUACCUGUCAGUCCACACACCGCGAUUGACAGUAGCGUAACCACAAAGUAGCCCGCUGGUACCAUCCGCGUCGUCCGAAACGUUCGAAACCUCGCCGGACUCCUCCCCUGGUUUUAUCGUUUGAUUUGUGCAUCAAACCGGUAUCGCGUCGUGCAAUCGCGAGAGUUAGCAAGUUUCUGGGAUACCAAUUCUUUUCGCUUGUGUGAGCUGAUCUUGCAGAAUUCCGCCGGGUGUUUAGGUGCGAGUGCAAGUCCAAUAUCUGGUGAAAAAGUCGGAUAUUUGGUGAAGAAAUCGCGGAUCUGUGAUUCUUGUUUGGAGCCAACAGGUUCCUCUGAUACGCGUGCCGGGAGCCAAUCGCCGCGUGCGUGCUUCCAGCCAAACCGAAAACCAAGAGGAUUAGCGUACUUGGUACUGAAUCGGUACUAAGGGAGAAGGAUUUCGUUUCUAGUCAUCUCAAAGUGUACAAGACGGCAGUCACCACGUACAUCACACCACUUAUCACCUCUGAGAAGAUGGUGACAAGGACAAAGAAGAUAUUCGUCGGCGGCUUAUCAGCGCCGACGACGCUGGAGGACGUCAAAAACUACUUUGAACAGUUCGGCCCGAUAGAGGACGCCAUGCUUAUGUUCGACAAGCAAACAAACAGGCACAGAGGUUUCGGCUUCGUCACGUUUCAGAGCGAAGACGUAGUCGACAAAGUGUGCGAGAUUCACUUCCACGAGAUCAAUAACAAAAUGGUCGAAUGCAAGAAGGCACAACCAAAGGAGGUGAUGCUUCCGGCGAAUCUGGCGAAGACGCGGGCGGCUGGCAGAGGUGCAUACGAUUUUAUGUGGUCCCUAGGAGCAUUACCUGAUGGUUUCCCAGCGGCAGCGUACGCGGCAUACGCGGCAGGUCGCGGAUAUUCUGGGUACCCUAGUUUCGGACUACCCUAUCCGACAGGAAUGUCGGCAGUUUUCUACCAUGGGACUGGAAUCGAGGGCUACUCAUACGCCAAGGGACCAAUCCAACAUUAUCAAAGGCCUGCGCUUCGGAAGGAAUUGGAUCUUACAAAUGGACAGCUCACCCCGAACAACAACACGCCCUUGCUCACGCAAGCCCUUUCUGUGAUGAACAACUAUCAAGCGGCAGCCCAAGCAGGAUUCCCACCAGCGUCGCCGCAUGGGGCUGGUGGUCAUGGAGGACCUCAAGGCCGCUCGUUUCCUGCAGCCAACUCGCCAGGGCCCAUCGACAUGUACAGUUCGAGUGCUGCAGCCGCAGCAGCAGCAGCAGCCGCAGAUUCUGCAGUAGCCAGCUACGUCCAGGCCGCAGCUAGUCCGCAGCCCCCCACCACCGCGUUUCCCGCAAUCGCAGUUUCCCGCGCCCCGCUCAACUAUAACCCCGGUCCUCUGAUACCAGCGGCAUUCACUAAUGGCUACCAUUGAGCCUUGCUACAACCUAUCAACAGGAUGGACGAGAGGGUAGAGCGCAGCAUGGUCGACUGAUGGCACAACGAGUUACACGAAGGCUUCGAAAAUGUAGAAAGAUGUGGUCAGACAGAGCUCGGACAUAAAGUAGACGAGGGACCGCGACGUGGGCAAUCGUUUCCGGUGAAAAGGCUUCAUGUUCCGGAAGUGACCGCCAGCGAUCAAGUGUGGUCAUAUGUAUAAGAGUCUCGAUGAGAGAAAAUGGAGCCACGAUCGUCGCAGGCAUCGCAACCAGAACGUGAUUUGUUUCACGAGAAAAGUGAGCAAAAGUAACCAUAAAGGCAUGCUGAGGAAAAGAGGUUCAUUAAAACGAAGACAGCAUCAAGACAGUCACAGGAGUCAUCAGUGACCGAGAUUCCAGACAACCCGACCUCUAUAUAGUCGAGCCACAGCCGAACCUGCAAUUUGGCGCCAGCCCGUUCUCCGACAUUAUUAAAUAAUAUAAUAAUUAAUUUAAUUAAUAAUUAUUAUUAAUUGCUAAAUCAAUAAGCGGUUAAGUAUAUAAAAAAAAUAUAUAUAUAAUAAAUGAUUGAUAAUUACUAGAUAACGUAUGAUCUUAGGGUUUAAGCGAAAGGCAGAAUACCAAUUCACGUACGAACAAUUAUAUGAUGGUGAUGGUAAUGAUGAUGAUGAUGGUUAUUAAUUUAUAACUAAUCACUACGGCAUGCUCACAUGCUAAGGAAACGCGUUUGCGCUCGGGAAACCGAUGGCGUUGUUUUUUUCACCCCCUGGAUAAAAAAUGACAAAAUUCGGUGAAUCGUCCUUUCCUUGGGUCUGCGACACAUGCAAAGAAGUUACAUUCGUACACACGUUACAUGUUUGGUGUGACGUUAUUUAUAUUACUCAUCACCGAAAAAAAUAACAGAUCGAAAAUCAUCGAGCGUCAAGUCAACGCGAGAUUCUUCAAUCGGCCAAGACUUGUUAUAAAAAGUAUUGUUUUCAACCCUCUUGGGUAUAGAUUAUCGACUUGAGGAAUAAAGUCACCUCGCGCGAUUUGACGCCGGAUCUUCGAAAUAAGUGGCGAAAUAAUGGCUGUUGAAUCGGCGCGUAUAGUUACCUAUCGAUUACUCGAAUUAACCCCAUACAUAUUACGCAGGUUGAUUAUUACUAUUCAAUCUUGAGGCUCCUUUUAGGCUGAAUUCGCGACCCUUUUUUUUCAUUCCUCAUCAGUAUUUUCUCAACUUAAAUGCAGCCUCAAGGUUUCAAUUUACAGCGACUGCGAUCUCAUGCGCUUCUUGCUUUCCAAUUUUAUGAAAAAAAUUAGUUGCAAUUAAUUUAUGAUCUUAAGAAUUUGCGGAAGCGCAUGCGAAAAAUUUUGUAGCCAAAUCCACUUUCAGGGAAAAACGGGAACAGCUUUUUCAACAUUUUAACAAUAUUUAGACUGCUAUUCAACAAUUGGAUUCUCAAUGAUAGAAAUCUUAAUAUUGUUUACGGAAUUGAGCAGUCUCGGUUUUCCCUGGCAUAGAAACCGAAACACAAAUUGCUUCGAACGUUUAAACUACACACAUUCACACAAGCACGAAAAAUAAAGACUCGCACUUAAUACUGUUAUAUACGACUAACGAUACAUUUAAUGUUUUUAAAGACACCAAAAUCGUUCUCGUCCGAAUGUAAAGAGUGUUAUAGUCACGUGACAAAUGUUAGCCCACUUGGCAGUUAAGUAUUCUGUGUAAAAGAAAAAAAGGAAAAAAAACCUAAAGAGAAAAUCUUCGUGCAUUGCUGGCCAAGAUAAGGUUCUAACGCUACGCACAAAACCGGCAUCGAAAAAAAUUGGAAUACCACGUAUAUAUAAUCUUAUAUUUUGUAUUUUUGUCUAGUUGCAAACUUACACUUUUAUUCUUAGCAAAAUCGAGUCAGCUGGAUAAAAUCUUGCGAAUCUGUUUCAAUUCGGUAGAUUAGGUUCAUUGUAUAAUUUGUAUAUUGUCAGGAACGUUUGCGGUGUUUAAUCUGUGAGAUUAUUGAAAAUCCGAUAACGAAGUUUUGUUGAUUCGAUAUUUAUUAUCAUUAUUAUUAAUCGUAAAAUUUUAUUACUAAUCUUGAAAUUAUUGAUAUUAUUAAAUUUGCGAAAGAGACUAAUAAUUGAGGUUAUUUGUAUUAUAAGUAUUGAAUAUACGUACAACGGUUAUAGUGCGAUUAUAUUGUAUUCAACGACAGGGUAAAAAAAUUCUCUUUGGGAAUCGCCGAUUUUUUUCUGCUUGUGAGCAUCACUCACACUAAUAUAAGUCAAUUCUUACAAUAUUUGGAGAGGAAUACAAAAAUAUAAAUACUAGUAAAUUACGGCAGUUUCGGGUUGGUGAAUUAAAAAAAGCGUUUCGCUUUUUGGGCUCAAGAUUGAUGCUCUCUUGGCAGAAAUAAAAAUCAGUUGCGUCUCGAUUUUAACAGUAAUCAUUAUGAAAAUAUCUAGUGUGUGUAUUGGACCAAACGUGGUAUCCAGAAAUUAGGUCAAAUUUAAAUGCCGGAGAACAAAUGAGGCAAAGAAGAAAUGAUUUAAUAAAUGCUGUAAAGAACAAGGAAUGUGAAGAGAGAUUUUGCACGAGAAAUAAUCGAGCGCAUUCGACCGCAGGAUAUAAUCUAUAUAAAGUAAUACUCGUAAGGCAAUAAGACGAGAUUCAAACUACAUGAAUGUAUUUCUUUCAAAAAGCAAUACGAGGAUAUAACACCAGCUCAAGGGAACCGUAUAAUAAUAAUAAUAAUAAUAAUAAUAAUAAUAAUGGAGUUUGACCGAGAUACUCAGAUAAGGUAUGCUUGGAAAUAAAUAAAAGCAUCGAGGAAGUACGACCCAAGAUUAGUUAAGCGACUUUUGUUACAUCUAGAGGACGCAAGAGACGGUGAUACUCAAUUAUUAUAGAUAUAUUUCUGUCAGCUCGAAGGCAGAGGAGAUUACAAAGUUUGAUUUAAGUACAAAAAUUCCUCUGCCUCGCGAAAAAAAUACUUCCUUUCUCACAGCGUGUUUUUAAAUCCUUUUCCGAGUAGAGCGAAAUUUUAAUCGCUCGUCACAAUGCUUUGAACGAAGGCUAACAAUAUUUGAUACAUGUACAGAACCACAGCGGGGAUUACGAUCAAUUAUUAAUGGAUGUAAUGGAGGAUGAGAACGCAGGAAAGUGAAGCUAGGCAGAUGAAAAAAAAGGAAGUGAGAGGGAUAGGAAACAAAUAAUAAAAGUACAGUCCACACGUUUAUAUAAAUAUAUAUAUAUAUAUAUAUAAAAUAUAAAUAAAUAUGAAUAUUGAAAUAUUACAUCUAUAUCUGGCAGAAAAAAAGAGUAUAUGAUUAACGUCUAAGGCGCGAAAUAAUAAUUAUGGAGAUGAAGAGAUAUUGAUCAAUUGUUUUAUGCAUUUGUAUAUAAUUAUUGAUGUUUUAAAGCUAAUAUACUAUUGUACUGUAAUUUGAUCACCGGUCAGGAAGCGCGUGGGGAUCGCGAGGGUGGAGCUCGUUUCGUGUUUCAGACAGGUCCGAUUUGCUGUGUUUUUUUACGAAAAAAAAUUAUUUAAGGGAUUAUAGAACAAACACGAUAUUGGCCGCUCGCUUUCGAGUCCCACCCCUCCGCGCGUUGCUAUAUAUAUACAUACACAUAUACAUAAAUAAUGACAGUAUAUAUAUAUAUAAAUAUAUACAUAAAAAGGAGGAAAACCCGACAUAUUACUAUAUAUAAAUAUUAUAAAUAAAUAGAUAUAUAUAUAUUAUAAAUAAAUAAUGACGAUAAAGAAAGAAUAUCCACGGGAAAAAGACCGUGCGAGGGAGGGAUGCAGAGAUUUCACAAAAGGUGAAUAAUUAAUUAAUUCUAUUAAUUAAUUAAUAAGUAACUUAUUAGCGAUUACCAUUCCGAGGUGAGUUGUUGAUUAGUCGAGGAAUGAAGGAUUCCGCCAAGAGGGUUUACUCUCAUUGUUUUAAUUUCCAUACCAAUGCAUACAUCGAUUAUUGUUUGAAUUCUUUUAUAAUAAUUGAAAAUUGAACGAUUCUUCGUUUGGUGAAGGGAAACAAAUUUAAUCAAGGUUUAACCUUAUUUUUUGUGAAUCGUUUGGUAUCGAUAUUUUAAUUUAUGCAAAGAGGCGGAACGGAAAACGGGGAAUCGUUCGCAUUUUGCUAGAAGAUGCAGAUGCACAUUGCACAAUUACACGCAUACACAUACACGUGUAGAUUCAAAUUCAUUCAGAGGGUAAUGCGCAGGAGAUAGAAUUUCAAGGAAAAGUAUUUCGAGGGAAUCUCAUGUUUUUAUAUUCAGUUGAAAAAUCUAGAAGUCAAUUUUUAAUCAAGUGGAGAUCAAGGUAAAUGUUGAUGGUGAAGAAGAUUCGGCUGUCAUCUUCCAGAAACCAGUUAGAGAAAUCCUGUAAAAAGUUAAAGAGCCUAAUUUUCUCUAUGAGGGUUCUAUUAAUGUAAGAAAGACCUAAGGAUCGACGACAGAAUAGCAAAAGUUCAUCCAAGGAUUAUUGUCUUCGAUUUAAGAUUAUCUUGAAUUUAAAAUCAUCUUCAAUUAACGUAAAAUGAGAACCUAGACGAGGAGAUACGAUAUUUUUAUGUAUCUUACGAUAAUCGAUGUUAGCUAGAAGUCUGUGUUAAGUUAAUCUAAAAAAAUCGAUCAACUUUUAUAAAUGCCAAAUAAUGCUUUGCCAAGUUUUUACAUUUUGAGCAAGAGAUUCAGUGUGUACUUUAACCUCGACUUGAUUCCAACGAUUCACUCGUGUCAAUCGCUCGCACGAUUAAUACGUGUUAUACGAUAUUUCCUUCUAUCGAGUCUGUUGUUAGAAAGUCUAGUUUAGCGAUCUUUGUCAGCGAACAAUAGAGCGUUAUUCUUUUGUUUUUGUCGGUCGAUUUUGGAGCUCGUCAAAAGCUACCUGCUAAUUUAAAAAAAGUAGAGAUGCUCUUUUUAUUGCGACGUGAUCCAAAGUGACAACGAAAGAAAGGAUUUAAAGACCGAGCACGAAGAACAAGAGAAAGGACGGCUUAGGUAGAUAGACAAUUUUUUGAGAAUUUUUCGAGCGCGUUUUACUUUUUGUACAUCAAAAAAAAAGCGCCGAAUACGCUUUUGCGACGAAUGCGAUCGUACAAUAUCUGAUCCAAUUUUCAUCUCUGAGUGAAGAAAAAAAAUACCUGUAUUGUUUUUUAUUGAAGUUGUGACAACUUUUUUUUCUGGGCUGAGAGUUUGAAAUUGGAGGUCAGAUCCUCUAACUGUGUUUUCUUUUUUGUUUUUAUGUCUGUUGAGUUAUUACUAUUAUUAUUGUAUUUUAAUUCUUAUUAUAAUUACUAUAAUUACUAUUGUAUUACAUUUGUCAUUAUGCCGUUAUUAUUCUGUACAUCUUAAAAAGAUUAGGGUUUAUUGUUUGUUCACUCACUGUAAGAGUACCGCUCACGUUUAUCGAACCGCGACUGCGAGCCUCUUUAAACCACGAAACUAAAGUGGGGAAGCGCUACAACUCUUACAGAAUAUCUGCAAAUUAAUAUAUUAAAAGUUAGUAACUUGAAACAAAAUUUUCUGAAGUAAUUUAUCGUGAAAAAAUUUAUCUUUAUUUCAUGAAGAGGUAGUUUAAAAUAAAAGCCAAAUGAGGUUUAAUAUAUUCUCUACGCUUCCCUGCUUUAAACUAUCUGGUGUAAAGAGGCUCUUUUUUGUCUUCGACUUUCCCCCUCAUUCUCUCUCUCACUCUCACUCGCUCUUUCCAACCUUUCUCUCUCCCUUUUCUCUCAGACAUACAAUUUCUCUCUCUUUCUCUCUCGUUUUCCCGCGAUUUGACAUUAAAAUCGUGAAUUAACAAGAAGACAAAAGCCGAUUUCAGCGCCUUGUUUCAAAAUUCGAAUGCAAGUCCAACUGUGGCUCAUUUUUAGCUUGCGUUUAAGUGAUUUCGAACUGCAGUCCGAAUUAAGAACAAGGUCGCUGCUUUGGCUCAAAAAAGACUCGGAGCUGAAUUGCGGUAUCGCGAAACGUGAGUUCGUGUAGACAUUUCGAUACGCGCAAAUAGCCAUAGCGUCAUACCGUAUGUAUAUAUUUACACGACAAAAUAUAUAUGCACACAAUUACACUAUAUAAGCAUACAAUGAUGUAUUCGCGCUUUAAUUAUGUAUACCCAACGAACCUUUACUUUAAUCGUUCUUUCAUUGAUUAACGCGAACCGAACAAUAUCGAUAAGACCGUUACACUCUGUGAAGCACUUAAUAGUUAAGAAAAAAAAAUUAUUAACCGGCUUGCUUAACAAAUUGCUCUACUAUGAUAAUAUAUUAAUUUGCGAAUGCGAUUUUUUAUAUUUGAAAGUUGUCCUCUGAUUCUGUGGAGAAGAGUUCAAUUAGCAGUUUAAUAAAUUUCAAAAUGGUUAUUAAAAUAAUGGUAUUACUAUUUCUUAAAUAUUCCCUUACGAUAUUGUCCAUUAAUUUAAUUUCGGACUUAAAUUUAUGUCUUUAUAUAAUUAGAGUUCUCAUUGUGGAAAAGGUGGGCUGGAAAAAGUGUUUCGUUUGACUAAUUGUAAAUCAUAGCAAUAUGUUAAUUAUUUCUAAUAGAGAUCUCUAAGUUAUUUCUAAUUUGCGCGAGAAUUUAUUGGCGUCUCGUGUCCUUAGUUAUUCAUCUCCUUGCUCAAAAGCAAAAGUCCGAAAGGCCAGUGAAAUUCAAUAGUCAAUUAAUAGGCAAGGCUUAAAAUGUAUCGCAUCAUGCGCUCAAAUUCAAUAUUACAGCUUUGCAAAAUAGCAAGAGGUUUGAGAAUUGAUCGAAACUUUCUUUAGGGUGCGAGAAGUAGUAACCAUUGGGCGAGGACAAGUCUAUAUUUUUGCGUAAGUCUUAUUCAAUUUUGACUUUUACAUAUCAAGAUGAUCUGUGAGAUCUAAAACUUUCAUAUACGUAAUCAACUUGGACAAACUGGUUCUGAUUUCUAUUAUUUUUCUCAAGUUACUUUAUGAAAUAAAACCGAAAUUAUUCCUGAGCAGGAGACAAGUUGUCGAAAUCAGCGUCACUAGACAUCUUUGCUUAUGUUAGAAGUAUACCACUCUUUUAUUUUGCUAUAUAUAUAUAUAUAUAUAUAUAUAUAUAUAUGUCUGUACGCAUGUAUAUAUGUGUGUAUUUUUUAUUUCGAGGAUUUAUUUUCAAACUUGUAAGACACGGAAAUUUCCGUACCGGAGAUAAUGCAAGAUUGAAAAUGUUCGAAUUAAAAAAUAUUCAAGUAGAAUAUAAUAGAAAUUAAAACCUUAUGAACUUGAAUUAAAUUAACCUUGAAUUGUUUCCCAGAAAGGAAUCUGAAUUUUAUAAGUAAAAGUAAAAUAUUUGACACAACUGUGAUGAAAGUAACUAUUUUCCUACAUUUAACCGAAAAGUUUUCUUUACAUGAGACGCUUUUUCGACAAUUUUGUUCACAACCUGAAGCAAGCAGGAAGUAAAAAAGCACAAAAAGCGUAUGUGUGACAUUCGAGAUAUCCUGUAUUUUUUAUUAUGUAAAAAUCGUAGGAGUGAAGAAUUUCCACUUGAGUGUAACGCGGAUGAGAAAGAAUCCGGCGACGAGAAAGUGAAUGACGUUGUAGCAAGGGUCGAGUGUUAUAAUGGAUGUGAAAGAAAGGGUAGAAACGAUUCGAGGGUGCAGAGUAUAAUGUAUCUCAGAAGCGGAAGUCUCACGAGUUUCCGUCACUGAAGUCGAGCGCCAUUUAAUAUGGAAUGAAAAUGGUCUCCCAAAAAAAAAAAAAAAAAA